UCUGCUUCCAACGACACCCAUUUCCACAACAAAGAAGCUCGCUUCCGUGGGACCACCUCCCCUCGGCGCAACCGGGAGGAGCAGUGGGCGAGGAACCUGCUGUCCCCGAGGGCUGCCCCGAUUCCUAGCUCAGGAGCUGUCCGCGAGUCCCGUAAAAGCAACAGAGGCGGCCAGCACAGCGCGAUCCGGUGUGGUGUCCCUUCGCCCGGCCGAGGGCACUCAUUUUCGUGUCCUUCCACCGUUCCCGGGCGGCGUCCGGGCGGCUCACCGGGGGCGGCGACGCGACUGCGGUGCGGGCGGCGAGGCUCCGGGGCUAUGAGGUGAGGGCGACCGGGCUCCGGAGGCGGCAGCGCGGCGCCAGGACCCAGGACGCGAGCCCCGAGGCUGGUGGCUGCCUCUGGGACCCCGCGGCCGCGCGAGAGGCUAGGAGAGAACGUUGAAAUUAUUCUCUAAGCUAUCUGAAGAGAGUGACUAAAUGCACCUGGGUCAGGCUGUCUGUGGGUAUGAAGUGGUUGGGAGAAUCCAAGAACAUGGUGGUGAAUGGCAGGAGAAAUGGAGGCAAGUUGUCUAAUGACCAUCAGCAGAAUCAAUCAAAAUUACAGCACACGGGGAAGGACACCGUGAAGGCGGGCAAAAACGCAGUCGAGAGGAGGUCAAGCCGCUGUAAUGGUAAUUCAGGAUUCGAAGGACAGAGUCGAUAUGUACCAUCUUCUGGAAUGUCUGCCAAGGAACUCUGUGAAAAUGAUGACCUAGCAACCAGUUUGGUUCUUGAUCCCUAUUUAGGUUUUCAAACACACAAAAUGAAUACUAGCGCCUUUCCUUCGAGGAGCUCAAGGCAUUUUUCAAAAUCUGACAGUUUUCCUCACAACAACCCUGUGAGAUUUCGACCUAUUAAAGGAAGGCAAGAAGAACUAAAGGAAGUAAUUGAACGUUUUAAGAAAGAUGAGCACUUGGAAAAAGCCUUCAAAUGUUUGACUUCAGGCGAAUGGGCGCGGCACUAUUUUCUCAACAAGAACAAAAUGCAGGAGAAAUUAUUCAAGGAACAUGUGUUCAUUUACUUGCGAAUGUUUGCAACUGACAGUGGAUUUGAAAUAUUGCCUUGUAAUAGAUAUUCAUCAGAACAAAACGGAGCCAAAAUAGUUGCAACGAAAGAGUGGAAACGAAAUGACAAAAUAGAAUUACUGGUGGGUUGUAUUGCCGAACUUUCAGAAAUUGAGGAGAACAUGCUACUUAGACAUGGAGAAAACGACUUCAGUGUCAUGUAUUCCACAAGGAAAAACUGUGCUCAGCUCUGGCUUGGUCCCGCUGCAUUUAUAAACCAUGAUUGCAGACCUAACUGUAAGUUUGUGUCAACUGGUCGCGAUACAGCGUGUGUGAAGGCUCUAAGAGAUAUUGAACCUGGAGAAGAAAUUUCUUGUUAUUAUGGAGAUGGGUUUUUUGGAGAAAAUAAUGAGUUCUGCGAGUGUUACACUUGUGAAAGACGGGGAACUGGUGCUUUUAAAUCCAGAGUGGGACUGCCUGCGCCUGCUCCUGUUAUCAAUAGCAAAUAUGGACUCAGAGAAACAGAUAAACGUUUAAAUAGGCUUAAAAAGUUAGGUGACAGCAGCAAAAAUUCAGACAGUCAAUCUGUCAGCUCUAACACUGACGCUGAUACCACUCAGGAAAAAAACAAUGCAACUUCUAGCCGAAAAUCUUCAGUUGGUGUGAAAAAGACCAGCAAGAGCAGAACAUUAACUAGGCAAUCUAUGUCAAGAAUUCCAGCUUCUUCCAACUCUACCUCAUCUAAACUAACUCAUAUAAAUAAUUCCAGGGUACCAAAGAAACUGAAAAAGCCUGCAAAGCCUUUACUCUCUAAGAUAAAAUUAAGAAAUCAUUGCAAACGGCUGGAGCCGAAGAGUGCUUCGAGAAAACUUGAGAUGGGAAACUUAGUACUUAAAGAGCCUAAAGUAGUUCUGUAUAAAAAUUUGCCCAUUAAAAAAGAAAAGGAGCCAGAGGGACCAGUACAAGCCGCCAUGGCUAGUGGGUGCUUAACGAGACAUGCAGCGCGAGAGCACAGGCAGAGCUUUGGGCGCGGCGUCUCCCCUCGCGGGGAGGCCGCUCCCGGCACGUACACCACCAGACGGUCCGUGCGGACGAGAAUGAAUUUGAAGGAGACCUCUGACAUCAAGCUUGAACCAAAUACGCCGGAUGGCUAUAAAAACAGCUUGUCGGAACCUUGCCCAGACAGUGGCGAGGAACCAUCUCCUGUGACACAGCAGGAAGAACUGGCGCGUGAAACUGCACAAAAGGGGGAAGCAGAGUGUCCUAAGAGUGACAGCAGCAUUGCAAAAAAGAAGUCACGCCAAGGAAAACUUGUGAAACAGUUGGCAAAAGCAGACGAAUCCACUCUCCUGCAUGAUGUCCCCGGGCAGGCCGGGGGGGUGCCAGAUGUGACGGGGUCCCACCCUGACCCGGACGAGCACAGCGGCAUGGAGGGUGUGCCCGGCAGCUACGUGGACUGGGCCCCUUCACCUGUGGAUGGGUCAGUUGUGACGUCAGACGGCUUCAAAACAAAAGACAGCUUCAGAACUGCAAAAAGUAAAAAGAAGAGGCGAAUCACAAGGUAUGAUGCACAGUUAAUCCUGGAAAAUAACUCCGGGAUCCCCAAAUUGACUCUCCGUAGGCGCCAUGAUAGCAGCAGCAAGACAAACGACCAAGAGAAUGAUGGAAUGAAUUCUUCAAAAAUAAGCAUCAAGUUAAGUAAAGACCAUGAAAACGAUAACAAUCUCUAUGUAGCAAAGCUUAAUAAUGGAUUUAACUCAGGAUCAGGCAGUAGUUCCACGAAACUGAAAAUCCAGCUAAAGCGGGACGAGGAGAGCAGGGGGACGUAUACAGAGGGCCUUCAUGAAAACGGGGUGUGCUGUAGUGACCCUCUUUCUCUCCUGGAGUCGCAGAUGGAAGUCGAUGACUACAGUCAGUAUGAGGAAGAGAGUACAGACGACCCGUCCUCUUCGGACGCAGACGUGGAAGAGGACGAGUAUGACGAUGAGUUUGAAGAUGAUUUUAUCCCUCUUCCUCCGGCCAAGCGCUUGAGGCUUAUCGUGGGGAAAGACUCAAUCGAUAUUGACAUUUCUUCCAGGAGAAGAGAAGAUCAGUCUCUGAGGCUUAAUGCCUAAGCUCUUGGUCUUCAUUGGACCCAGGGUAACUACUUUAAAGAAAUAAAAAAAAUUCCAGUCCAUUAUUCCUCAACUGAAACAUGUUAGCGGCAGCACUUCUCGUUUCUUCACUUAUCAGCAUAAUACUGUAGAAAGUGUACAGCGUACUGACUCUUCUGAAGUCUGAUUUGUGCAGAUUUUUAUUGUACUUUUUAAAUAGCCUUCUUAUGUGCAAUUCUGAGUUAGAGGUAAAGCCCUGUUGUAAAUUGAAAGGCUCAAGCAAAACUGUACAGUGAUUGCAACUGUCCACACAGGACGUCGAAAACAAUAAUGUGGCUACACAAUUUUUUUUAACCUGAAGAGCAUCAACUGGCUCUUUAAUAUAUGACUAAAUAAUUUAAAACAAAUCAUAGUGACAGCAUAUGAAGGUUUUCUAGUAUAUGCUAAUAUCACCAGCAAUGAUCUUUGGCUUUUUCAUUUAUUUGCUAGAUGUUUUCCCCUUGGAGUUUUGUCAGUUUCACACUGUUUGUGGCCUUGGUUCAAUAGCAGACCAUUGGUUGGGAGUCUGACUGGUUUCUU